AUGGCAGCCGGGCAUUUAUUACCCGGGCCUCCACCCAGCUUGGCAGACUUUAGACUUGAGGCUGGAGGAACUGAACGCGGUUCUGGGAGCAGCGAACGCACGGGUGGCAGCCGGGGCCCCAGGAUGGCCAAGUUUCUUUCCCAAGACCAAAUUAAUGAGUACAAGGAAUGCUUCUCCCUGUAUGACAAGCAGCAGAGGGGGAAGAUAAAAGCCACAGACCUCAUGGUGGCCAUGAGGUGCCUGGGGGCCAGCCCGACGCCAGGGGAGGUGCAGCGGCACCUGCAGACCCACGGGAUAGAUGGAAAUGGAGAGCUGGAUUUCUCCACUUUUCUGACCAUUAUGCACAUGCAAAUAAAACAAGAAGACCCAAAGAAAGAAAUUCUUCUAGCCAUGUUGAUGGCGGACAAGGAGAAGAAAGGUUACAUCAUGGCGUCCGACCUGCGGUCAAAACUUACGAGCCUGGGGGAGAAGCUCACCCACAAGGAAGUGGAUGAUCUUUUCAGGGAAGCAGGUAUCGAACCCAACGGCAAAGUGAAGUAUGAUGAAUUUAUCCACAAGAUCACCCUUCCUGGACAGGACUAUUGAAGGAGGAGAAUGCGAGAGCCUCCCCUGGGCCUGAAAACUUGGAGAGAUUAAUUUUUAAAAAGAAAAGUGUUCUUUUCACUUGGAGAUGGCAAACACAGUGGCAAGACAACAUUACCCAACUACAGAAGAGAGGCUAACUAGCAACAAUAAUAGAUGAUUUCAGCCAUGCAUGGUAUGAGCAGAUCUUUUUAAUAAAAGAUUUGUAUUGAUUUUAUUAAC